AUGGCACUGCGCGGCUGGCGACUGUUUGGGGUGGCCGGCACCAUACUGGUGUACGUCGGCGGCAUACUGUUCCUAUCGUUCGUCAGCCUGCAGGGACCGCAGCAGAAGCGCGGCGUCCAUGGGCCACGCGGGUACGGCGAGUUCGAAACGAUCCGCAACCGGGACCUCGGCCUGAUGAGCAAGAAGCCACCGUUGCAGUGGUGCACCGAGCUGCACUAUCUCGACGCACCGGUCCGGGCGCCCCGCAAACCACCCAAGCUGCUGCAAACCUUCCCGGGCCAUUUUGUGAAGAAGUUCAGCGUGUACAGCUACCGUGGUGGUGGUGGUGGCAGCAGCGGCAGCAGUAGUAACAACCAGAACCUACACUCAGCACCCGGCCUGACGGUACAGACGGGACCGGCGAACGAUGGUACGCUCACCGGUGGCCCAUCGGUCGCGGCGUCCGGUCCCGGUAGCCAGGGCAGUUCCUCGCAUCCGGUUCGGCCUAACAGUGACACAUCUAGUGGUAAGCUAGCGGAUAGUGAUAGCGUACGAAAGGGGGGUGAUGCGGCGUGGCGCGCGAAGGCACUGCACACGAAACCGGAACUGACGGCGCUCGUGUCAUUCCCGGGCAGUGGCAAUACCUGGCUGCGAUAUCUGCUACAGCAAGCGACCGGCAUUCUAACCGGUAGCGUGUACAAAGACUAUGGGCUGCUUAAAAGUGGUUUCCCGGCGGAAAGUGUCGCCAACUCGUCGGUGCUGGUAGUAAAAACACACGAAUGGGGCCCGCACGCAUGGGCCCCGUACACGAAAGCGAUUCUACUGAUACGUGAUCCAGAGCGGGCCAUACUGGCGGAGUUUAAUCGUCAAUCUGGUGGCCACGUGGGAUUUGCCUCGCCUGAUCGUUACCGUAGGACCAAGGGUCGAUAUUGGACUCAAUUUGUAAAAAAUAAACUUUGGGCAUGGGAACAAACGAAUCUCUCGUGGGCGAAAAAUUUCACCGGUGAGGUAAAGCUAGUCUUCUACGACGAUUUGGUGGAGAACGUCGAAGGCACACUGCGCAGUAUUCUUAAAUUCCUCAACUAUACGGCGGAUGAGGAGCUGUUGGCGUGCGCACUGAUGCGAAAGGAAGGUAUUUACCGGCGCAAAAAGCGCAUCCUGCAGUUCGACCCAUACAGUCCGGCCAUGCACGCAGCAAUUGACGAAAAGCGUGCCGAAGUGUAUGCAGCCCUCGGACGUUAUGACGCACAUUGA